CUAUCGCUAGAAUAUAAUAUCAAUGACGUGCCAUGCAUGAUGCGCGUGUCAGCCAUCUUAAGUGCCACAUUUCAAUCAUAAGGAGUUUACUUUUUAUUUCUCAAUAGAUAGUGAAAUAGUCAACAAAUAUGCCUACGUGUUGUAUCGUGGAAUGUGGUUCAAGUAAGCACAAAAAUCCAGCUGGAUUGUCUAUACACAAGUUUCCUACAAAAAAUGAUUUAAGGACAAAAUGGUUAGAAGCUAUCGGUGUGGAAAAUAUUAAUUCCAGGCAUAAAACUUGGUAUGUCUGUUCACUUCACUUUGAAGCUGAUUGUUUCAAUAGAACACUUGAUGUGUUAAGAUUACGUGAUAACUCUGUUCCCACAUUACUUUUGCCACCCAAUAAUGGCCCCCAGGAGUCUUUGGUUUCACAUGAAAUAAACAACAUAAGAAAACAUGCUGGCACUGGCACAUCUACUGACCUAGACCCAUUGCUAUUAUCCCAUGAAAAUAUAAAUCAAACCGAAAGAAGAGAGAAGACACAGACUGUCCCUUAUAGAGAGGUUGUGAAAUUGACUGAAAAAGUCAAGGCGUUGAAAAAUAGAUGUCUCAUGCAGCGGAAAACAAUUAAACGUCUCCAUGAGAUGAUACGAAGGCGUAACAAAAAGAUAGCCAAGUUAGGAGAAGGAAGACAUCAACAGCCUAAUUUAUGCAAAACCAAGAAGAUGGCUGAAAGAAAAAGUAUAUAUAUUAUAUAUGUUUAAAAUGUGUGAAA